AUGCCGUCGACAUGUCGGGCCGACAACUUCAUCACCCGCUGGCUGUUUUCGCACAACUGGCGCAUCCAGAUGCAGAACCACCGCGAGUGCGAGGUCGAGACGACGCUCGAAGACGACGCCAAGUAUCUGCGUCAGUGCUUGCGCUGGGUCCGCUCCAACUGGAGGAGCAACCUGACUAGCUUGACCGAGGGUUACAUGUGGAUGAGAUACCCUUGGUCGCUGUACGCCGUCUUCCAGACCACGGUCACGCAAUGGGCGUUUCUGCUCGACUGUGCCCUGCUCGCCUCGGCCUACCUGGCCUUUUGUGAGGCUGGCUACUAUCCAGCAGACGAGGGUCAGCUGUCGGGCGCCGACAAGUGGCAACGCUCGCUCCUGUGGGCGCUCUUUAUCGCGCACUGGGUCUUUGCAAAGACGAUCAAGCUAGUGCCCCAUUUGCUACGGAACCCCGGCGAUGUCCGCUUUGUGCCGGUCUCGAUCCUGUUUGGCUAUUUCCACAACCUGAUCAAGCUCUACGGGUGCAUAACAGUCACAGAGACUACAUGGGGCACCCGCGAGGGCGCCGAUGCGGACGACAACAUCAGAAUGCUGCCGAUCCCGCCGAUGGCAGCGAUUACGCCUCCCCUGACGCCUCCGCCUGGCGGACGCGUCCUCCGAGAGCGAUGCGCCGGAUUCCCGAUGAUGAAGUAG